UAGAAAACUUGGCCUCCGUAGAAGAAGUCCUCGUCAGAGACAAGGCGGUAGAGUCGAUGAACAAGAUUGUCAAGUUAUUAAACCCUUCACAAAUCACGCACUACUUCCUUCCUUUAUUAAAGCGUCUUUCCAGCGCCGAAUGGUUUACAGGCCGUAUUUCAGCUUGCGGUCUUUAUGCAGCAGGUUACGCCAAAUGUAGCGAGGAACAACAAGCAGAACUGAGAACAUCUUUUGCUCAACUGAUCCAAGAUGAUACACCCAUGGUAAAACGUGCUGCUGCCAAAGCUCUGGCGGAUUUCUCCAAAGAAUUAACCCAACAACAAUUAAUCAGUCAUAUCUUGCCAUUGUUUCUCAGAUUGACCAAUGAUGAUCAGGAUACCGUGCGUUUAUUGACGGUGGAAGAUUUAGUGCAGAUCGCAAACAUGUUGUCGCAUGACGAAGCAAGACAAUACUUGUUGGCUCCUUUGAAAUCAUUAGGUCAGGAUCGUUCUUGGCGAGUGAGAUACAUGGUUGCCACCCACUUUAACGAGCUUUGUGAUGCUUUCGGCGAAUCAAUUACACGUGAAGAAUUGGUUACUUUGUUUGUGAGUUUGAUCAAGGACAGUGAAGGAGAAGUCAAAAUUUUAUCGAUCGGUCAAGCACCUACCUUCGCAAAGAAAGUGGACCAAUCUGUCGUCAUUGAAAAGAUCCUUCCUUGCAUCAAGGAAUUAGUCAUCGAUACCAAUCAACAUGUACGUGCUGCUGUUGCUACCAAUAUCAGUGGAUUCGCUCCCAUCCUCGGCAAAGACCUGACUAUUGAAUACCUUUUACCUCUAUUCCUCCAAUUACUCAAGGAUGAUUUCCCCGAUGUUCGACUCAAUAUCAUUUCCAAGCUUGAAAAUGUAAACCAAGUCAUUGGUGUGGACCGUCUUUCGCAAUCGCUUUUACCGGCUAUUGUGGAUUUAGCAGAGGACAAGCAAUGGAGAGUGAGAUUGGCAAUUAUAGAAUAUAUCCCGUUGUUAGCGUCUCAACUGGGUGUUGGGUUUUUUGAUGACAAGUUGCUUAACUUGUGUCUGUCCUGGUUGGGUGAUGCCGUCUUCUCCAUUCGAGACGCUGCUACCACCAACCUUAAGAAAUUAGUCGAGAUCUUUGGUCAUGAUUGGGCCAAGGACACGGUUUUACCUCAAGUCAUGGGGAUGGCACACAAUAAUAAUUAUCUCUACCGUAUGACCACCCUUUUCGCUCUCACCACGAUGGCUACGUCGCUUACGCCUGAUAUUAUCAAGGAUAAGGUGCUCGACACCGUGCUUCAAUUGGUCGAUGAUCCUAUCCCCAAUGUCAGAUUUAACGUGGCUAAAUCAUUAGAGGUAUUGGCACCCAUUUUAAAACAGGAUCCUACGACGGCAUCCUUGGUGGAUACGCAAGUGGCAGAUGUUCUCAAGAAACUGAGUAAAGAUAAAGAUGUUGAUGUUAAAUGGUUUGCCGAAAAGGCCUUAUUAUCAGUUCAAGGCAAUUAAAAGCAACCAAACAUUAAAAAAAAAAAAACUUCGUAUAUUAAUAAAAAACCAACUUUAUUCCACACGUUACUACGAUUUCUUGGAAUAGUCAGGUUCAUGUUGUUGGAUAUAUGACGACAUUUUAAAACUUUAUUGCGGUCAGCAUUUCCAUUCUCUCCAUCUUUUAGAUCCUUGACUACCAUCAACCUAUCCUUAAAUACCCCACUAUUACUAUCUUUAUCCUCUUCCUGAUUUUUUCCCAAGACUAGUUCUGGC